UCCAAAAGUCAUCGGACUCCGCGCCUCUCUCACCUCGUCAUCGUCACGAAGACACCUCCACCUUCCGCAUAAUCACGACAGUCCUCCACUCGACGCGCCUCCGGUGCCGACAGCAGACGUGAGUAAUCCGGAUUUAUUCUCUCCGAGUGGAACCAGUUGUUCGGGGAUUCACACAGGUGACAGAGCAGCUGUCCCUCGCGAGAGCGCAGGUCUCUGCCAUUACCCCCUGACCCAGUGACCCCCAUUUCCCCUCAGCCAAUGCGACGAGUUCAUUCGGAUUCCACUCGACUUUCUAAAGCCACUGGGCGAUAAAUUUUUUUUUCAAACUCUUUCAAAACAUUUUGAGCCGAGGACGCGUUAACAUGGCACUGCAGGUGCAACAGCAGAAUAACUAUGAAUUCGUGCUCAAGAGUCUUCUUGCCGGAGGUGUGGCGGGAAUGUGCUCCAAGACUGCGGUCGCACCGUUAGACAGAAUUAAAAUCCUUCUUCAGGCGCAUAAUCAGCAUUAUAAGCAUUUGGGCGUUUUCUCUGGGCUCAAGGAAAUUGUUCAAAGGGAGAAAUUCUUUGCUCUUUACAAAGGAAAUUUCGCCCAGAUGAUAAGGAUUUUUCCCUACGCAGCUACUCAAUACACAUCUUUUGAAAUGUAUAAAAAGUACUUAGGGACUAUUUUUGGAAAACACACGCACAUAGACAAGUUCUUCGCGGGCUCGUGCGCUGGAGUGACUGCUGUUACAUUGACAUAUCCUCUUGAUACUAUCAGAGCGAGAUUAGCAUUUCAAGUGACUGGGGAGCAUAUUUACAGUGGCAUUGUUCACACUGCCGUGACGAUUUUCAAAGAUGAAGGGGGAUUAUCAGCUCUCUACAAAGGCUUCUGGCCCACAAUAUUCGGGAUGAUCCCGUACGCCGGCUUCUCCUUCUACUCCUUCGAAUACCUAAAAUUCCUCAGUAUGAAGUACGCACCCCACUACCUCUGCAAUGACUGUCACAGAAACACAGGUGGCCUUGUAUUAACAUUGCCAGCGAAAUUACUCUGUGGGGGUAUCGCAGGAGCUGUAGCACAAAGCUUCUCCUAUCCACUAGACGUCACCAGAAGACGAAUGCAAUUAGCCAUGAUGAAUCCUGCUACACACAAAUAUGGCUCUGGGAUGAUAUCGACGAUGAAGCUCAUUCACAACGAGAAUGGCAUCGUCAAGGGCCUGUAUCGAGGCAUGAGCAUUAACUACCUCCGCGCCAUUCCAAUGGUAUCUGUCAGCUUUACCACUUACGAAGUUAUGAAACAAUUGCUCGAUCUCGAUACCGGAAUGAAAAUUUAACCGGAGUAGAUACGAAUUUUUCUCGUUGAUGAAUGUCAAGUGAGUUGCAGUGGGCGAAACUUUAUCAAUAGAAUGAAAAAAAAAAUGGAAGAAGCUUUAUCUCGUGCUCGUGACAUUUGAAUGGAGAUGAGAGACAGGUUUCGUUGACAUUAAUCGUUAUUAAACAAUAGUUUGAUUAUUCUAUUGAGACUGGCCAAUGUACAAAAUACAUUAUCCCUCAACUUAUCUUAAUUAAUUACUGGAUAAAUAGGGGAGGGCUCAACCCAAUUGAGGUAGACGAUAAAAAUGUCCUCAACUUGAUUUUAGAAAUGCAGAGGAUUCUGAAGGGAGCAAAAAUGUGAGAAUUUUCCCAACUAAAAAAGAAAAAUUUUGCAGUAAAAUUAAUUACUGUUGGAAUAUGGUAGAAGGGUUUUAAGAAAUAUAAAUUCUCUCCUCAUAAUUGUAGAAUAAAGUAUGAUAAAUAAAAUAUUUUUUCUACCAA